GAUAUCCGAAGUUCCAAAUCGCACAAAAGACUUCUUGCACCAAUUCACAAGACACAACGAACAAAGAUCACAACACCGAAACCUCCACGAUGACGCACAUCACGAGCUUCUUUGCUCUUGUACUCCUCCUCGCAGGAGCCGCCUUCUCUGCCCCCAUUGAGAACCGCCAGGUCAUUCCCGCCGGCUGCACCAACAUCACCAUCUCGGUCACCGCGUCCUCCUCGGACAACAUACCCCUUCCACCCGACUUGACAACUGCAAACUUCCUCCUCCUGGUCAAUCCAAUCCUUUCUAGAGUCCUCGAUGCUGUAGCAUCUGGUACAUACAACAUCGCAGCUACUUACUGCCCCGGAGUUGGAACCCGGGCGAAUACUCUUCAAAUCUUGAUACAUGGCGGAAGCUACACAAAGGCAUACUGGUUUGGAGAAUAUUUCAAUCCAGACAACAGCUGGGUUUCCUACGCCUCCUCCGAGGGCUACGCAACUCUCACAAUCGACCGCGUCGGAAACGGCGACUCAUCCCACCCAGACCCCAUAACCAUCGUCCAGCUGCCUUAUCAAGCCGAACAGGUCCACCAAAUAAUCGUUAUGGCCCGAGGUGGCACCCUUCCCCUGCCUGCCCCAUACACAGGUACAAUCUUCGACAAGAUCAUCCUCGCUGGCCACAGCCUCGGCUCCGUCGUCACCAACAACCUCAACGCCAAAUACCCGUCCGACGCAGACGCUACCCUGCUAACAGGCUAUGCAAUCUUCUUCCCCCCACAAUUCACCGGCGUCUUCGUGCAGUCCUGGCUCGCCCCCGCAUUCCUUGACCCCCGUUUCGCCGGCUACAACCCAGGAUACCUCGAGUUCAACAACGAGAACUACCUCACCUUCCUAUUCUACGCGCCCGGGAAGUUCUCCCAGAGCAUGGCAGACGUCGAUUUCGCAACCCGCGGCACCGUCUCCUUAGGUGAAGCAGCAUCCGUGAUGAUUGGCAGCAUCGAGACCACGUACACAGGCCCUGUCAUGGUGAUCACGGGCCAGCACGACUCGAUCUACUGCAGCACGUUGAAUAUCGACGUCCAGAUUCUGCUGGGCACGCCGUUGUGUGAUAUGAGUGCGAACGGCAUUGUUGGGAAGGCGGCGACUUUGUAUCCUCAUGCGAGCGACUUCAAGGUCGUGUUCCCGAAUGCAGGGCAUUGUUGGCAUUUGCAUAAUAAUGCUUCUUAUACGUUUGGCAUUGCUCAUGACUGGUUGGCUAGCCAGGGAUUCUGA